UACGAGAUGAGACCGGACACAUGAGGAGGGGCAAGGAGGAGGUGGUGGGGGUCUUCUCCGACUUCUACAGCAACCUCUACGCCCCCAAGUCACCCGACCCCGAAGCCGCUGAAAGUUUCCUGUCAGAGAUCUUCGCUGAGACUAUCCGGCAGAAUGGAGAGAUCAGAGGGAUCACCGCACCAGGACCAGAUCGCUACGAGGUCAAGUGCUCGCUCUACAUGGACGACGUGACCGUCUUCUGUGCUGAACAGCGUUCGGUGAGUGCACUCGUCCAGACCUGCGAGAACUUCGGCAGAGCUUCGGGGGCAAAAGUCAACUGCGGGAAGUCGGAAGCCAUUCUCUUCGGGGAAUGGCACCUGGCCUCUUCCGCCCCCUUCCCCUUUACUGUUAAGCCGGACUUCAUUCAAAUUCUUGGAGUCUGGUUCGGGAAGGAAGGAGUGGCCCUUAAGUCUUGGCAAGACCGACUAGGAAAGAUGAACUCUAAGAUCGGACUGUGGAGCUCCAGAAAGCUCUCUGUUGAAGGCAAAGCUCUUGUCCUGCGGAGUGAAGUUUUGCCUGUGCUCCAGUAUACCGCACAGACCUGGCCUCCCCAUACCACCGUUUGCAAGGCCAUCACCCGGACAGUGUUUCGCUUCAUCUGGGGCAAAUUAGACAGAGUCAAGAGGACUGUGAUGUACAAGGUUCCCCGCAAGGGUGGGAAGGGAAUACCCGAUAUCCCCACUCUGCUGAGGGCCUCCUUUGCAUGAGUCAGCGUGCAGCGGACUCUUGUUGAAAAGACUGGCUCAGCAGACAGGUCCAUGUCUUGCUGGUUUCUCAUGCCCCUCUGGAGACAGCUGGGCUGGGACAGGUGGGACAGCUCCAUCCCUUACAACUGGAACGCUCCCUGGUUCUAUGGGGAUGUUGUCCGGUUUGUGAGGGAGCACCAGCUGGAAGGACUGAAACCUGACCUAUGGAAGCCGAAGACAAUUGUGGUGUCCCAGUACCGCAUUUCAUAUGGUACUUAUUUAUCUAUGGGUCCCCAUAGCCAGAGUCCCUAGGACUUAGUAAUCUCUGUUAGUCAGUC